GUGCCUGUGAACGUGAUCAGGCAGGGCUCGCGUUAAGGCAAGAUCCCUGGGUUCCCAGGCUAGCAGCCUGAGGGAUCCGGUCACUGCAACUGAGAACAGAUCUGGGGCACCAGGGGGUGGGUGACUGGAGAGAAUCAAGGAGCCAGGGAGGUGUAGUCUGCGCGGGGUAUGGGAUUGGGAGGAAGAGCGAGGAGUCUGAAAGUGGCAGAGGAUAUUGGGAGGAAGGUCUGGGGCCUGUUUAAAAUCUUAAUCCAACCCUCCCCAAAAUAUGUUCUCCCCUGGCGGGGGUGUGGGGGGGUCACUACAGCGGAGCCCAUCUCAGCCAGUCAUGCUUCCUCUGCAUCCUGCCCAGGCCAGAGCAAAAAGCAGUGCACAGCCAUGUUGUCUCCUCUAACUGUUGCUCUAAGGGCCACUUCCAGUUGGACUCCGUGCCUCGAGGUGUGCAGGCCAUUUCUAGUGCCAUUGCAUGCGACCUUCUGGUUCUUUGGAUACUGGCGAAAGAACCAUUGGGGACCGUAUCGGAGAAGCCAAGGCCAGUGGCAACCUUGGGAAUACAUUGAAAAUACUUGGGCAGUUUGAUGAAGCCAUCGUUUGUUGCCAGAGACACUUGGAGAUUUCUCAGGAGCAGGGAGACAAGGUAGGUGAAGCUAGAGCGCUGUAUAACAUUGGCAAUGUUUACCAUGCAAAGGGAAAGCAGUUGUCUUGGAGCAUGGCCCAAGACCCAGGUUCCCUGCCUCCGGAAGUCAAGGAGACGCUGCAGAGAGCUUCGGAAUACUAUGAGAGGAAUCUGUCUCUGGUGAAGGAGCUUGGGGACAGAGCCGCUCAGGGCCGAGCCUAUGGGAACCUUGGCAAUACCCAGUACUUGCUUGGGAACUUCAGCGAAGCCACGGCUUUCCACAAAGAGCGACUCGCCAUCGCCAAGGAGUUUGGAGACAAAGCGGCCGAGAGGAGAGCGUACAGCAACCUGGGCAAUGCGCACAUCUUCCUCGGCAGGUUUGACAUCUCAGCGGAAUACUACAAGAAAACACUUCAACUUUCCAGACAACUGAAAGACCAAGCAGUAGAAGCUCAGGCUUGCUACAGCCUCGGAAACACUUAUACGUUGCUCCAAGACUAUGAGCGAGCCAUCGACUACCAUCUAAAGCACCUGCUGAUAGCGCAGGAGCUGGGGGACAGAGUGGGAGAAGGAAGAGCCUGCUGGAGUCUAGGAAAUGCCUAUGUCUCUCUUGGGAACCAUGACCAAGCCCUGCGCUUUGCAAGGAAACAUCUUGAAAUCUCCCAAGAGAUCGGGGAUCGGAAUGGGGAGCUGACGGCUCGAAUGAGCGUGGCCCAGCUGAAGUCAGCCCUUGGCGAUGAGGAUGGGGAUGCAACCCAUCAUUCCGCUGGCUAUGAAGCUCAAGGAGCCAGGCCUAAGAGAAGCCAAAGGAACAGCAUGGACAGUUUAGACCUCUUGAAGUUCCCCUCCGAAAAGGAGCAGAAUGGGGAUAGCCACCACAUGGGAAAUCUGAAGAUCCCGGGAAAGGACUUCUUGUCUCUGCCUGGGAGAUCCAAGAAAUACCAGGAGAACCAGUCCAGUUCAAAGAGGAAAUCUCAGGAUUCCAAUACGUCACCGUUGGAUGCCAGUGAUGUCCGACUCCAGGUGUCUCAAUCGAAAAUCAGCCGGGCCCCUUCAGAUGAGGAAUGCUUCUUUGACCUGCUGAGCAAGUUCCAGAGCAGCCGAAUGGAUGACCAGCGCUGCCCGCUAGAAGAAUGCCAGACAGAGGCUGCAGAGGCUGCUGCCACCUCCGUGCCUGCCCUGGAAGAAAGAAUAUCUCAGUCCUCGUUAAUAGCAUCUCCGCAGACAGAGGAGUUCUUUGAUCUCAUUGCCAGCUCCCAGAGCAGGCGGCUGGAUGACCAGCGUGCCAGUGUGGGCAGCCUGCCCGGCCUCCGCAUCACUCACAACAACUUGGGGCACCUGCGCAUGGAGGGGGACGCCCAGGAGCCAGGGGACGAGUUCUUCAACAUGCUCAUGAAGUGCCAGUCAUCCCGGAUAGACGACCAGCGUUGCGCUCCGCCAGACACCAUCCCCCGUGGCCCCACCAUGCCCGAUGAAGACUUCUUCAGCCUCAUCCAGCGCGUCCAGGCCAAGCGUAUGGACGAGCAGAGGGUGGAUCUGGCUUCGGCCCAGGAGGAGCAGCAGCAGAGGAGACCCAGCUCCAGCUAAGAAUUGGGGGUUUGCUUUGAGGAAAGUGUCGUCUGUUUAAAAACUGAGCCCAGCUGCUCCGUGGCAGACGUUCCGGGGGAGGAGCAGCCCUGUCCAGCGAAGGGGGGGUGGGUGAAGAGAGGGAGGGGGCGUUUCCUGCCAUUUUGGGGGUUUUGUCUUUCCUUGGAGUAGGGGCUGGGCAGGUUCGCAGGCUGGGGACAGUUUUUCUAUAUGGCUUUUUAUAGGCAACCAAUGACUGUUCUACAGCUGAGCAAAGCUCGGAGGAACUGCUCACGCACAGCUGGGGGCUGGGCACAGAGUGCCAGGGACAUAGACUGAGACCACUGGUGAACUGGCUGCUGCAGCCCCC